AGUAAAAAUUCGUUUGCAGUGCAUAAAGUUGGUGGUAAAGUAAAGAAGAAAGGUGGUAAAAAGGGUACGGGUGUAAAUGCAAAAGCUUUCACUUUCAAAUCUGCUGUGAAAGCAGGCCGUGCUAUUCGCAGGAUCGCAGAUAAAGAUGAAAAAAAGAAACAUAUACCAGUUGUUGAUCGCACUCCUGUUGAACCACCCCCGAUCAUCGUAGCUAUUGUUGGUCCUUCUAAAGUUGGGAAGAGUACGUUGUUACGAGGUUUGGUAAAACACUAUGUGCGGCAAACGUUAACGGAAAUACGUGGACCAAUUACCAUUGUUACUGGUAAAACUCGUCGAGUAACAUUCGUUGAAGUGAAUAAUGAUUUGAAUUCUAUGAUCGAUAUAGCAAAAGUUGCUGACUUGGUUCUGUUAAUGGUAGAUGCUUCAUAUGGCUUUGAAAUGGAAACAUUUGAAUUCUUAAAUAUAUGUCAGGUGCAUGGAAUGCCUAGAAUUAUGGGUAUUCUUAGUCAUCUUGAUGUGAUUAAAAAAAAAGAGAAAGUAAAGCAUGCCAAAAAAUUACUGAAACAUCGUUUUUGGACAGAAGUUUAUCAGGGUGCAAAACUCUUUUAUUUGUCGGGGUUGAUUAAUGAGCAGUAUCUAAAGAAUGAAAUUCGAAAUCUUGCUCGUUUCAUAUCUGUCACAAAGUUUCGUCCAUUAGUGUGGAGAAGCAGCCAUCCAUAUGUUUAUUGUGAUCGUUACGAAGAUUUGACUGAUCCAGAGCAAAUACGUGAAAAGCCAUCGACGAAUCGAACAAUUUCUCUAUACGGUUGGGUUCGUGGGACGUUUCUUAAAAAUCACAGUCCAGUUCAUAUUCCUGGAGUGGGAGAUUUAAGGAUCAGAGACAUAACUGCCUUGCCAGACCCGUGUCCAUUACCUUCAAAAGAAAAAAUGAAACGUUCAUUAAACGAAAGAGAGCGUGUUAUAUAUGCUCCUUUCUCUGGUCUCGGUGGGAUUGUCUAUGAUAAAGAUGCAAUCUAUAUCGAAACUGGUGGUUCACAUUCUUUCAAGAAAGCGCGGCAUGAACUUCUUGAAGUAUUAGAAAAAGUUAAAGAAGGCAUUGAUGAUAAGAUGCACAAAGCACCAUUUAAAGUGGUUGCUGAUUCUCAGUUUACUAUAGAUGGGCAAAGUGAAAGCGAAAUGAGCGAUAAUAGUAAGAAUCUUUUUGAUAAUUAUGAAUGUGAUGAAAAACAGAGUGAAAGAUCUGCCAAAAGUUGGCUUGGACUUUCGGAUCGAGCAAAUUUAUUAUACAACGACCAAAAAUUAUCUGAACGAAUAAAUUGGCAGAAAAUCGUAUAUUCCGAUUAUGGUUUGUUUUGUAAAACAAAUAAUAAGUAUAGUUUUGUUAAAUGCUUCUAUUCAAUGAACCACAAUAAGAAUUGGUACCAUCUACAGUUCCUACACUAUUCUUAUUUAUAUGUGAAUGAUCCGACAGCAACAGUGGUAGAAAAAAAAGAGAAAAAAGAGGCUGAAAGAAGAAAACGUAUGAAAGAAAAGCUAAAAAAUCGGUUUAAUGCUGAAUAUGAUGAAACUAAUCAACAUUAUUUGCAGUUAAAAGAAGAACUUGAAGAGCAGUCAAAACUAAAUAAAUCAGUUUAUGAAGGACUAGAUGAAACUGUUCGGCAGCAGCUGGAAGGCUUCAGACCAGGUCUUUAUGUUCGGAUAGAAUUUUCGGACGUUCCUGUCGAAUUUAUUCAGCAUUUCGAUCCUACCAAACCUUAUAUUAUCGGUGGGCUUCUAACUGGAGAACAGAAUAUUGGUUGUGUACAGGUAAGAGUGAAAAAGCACAGAUGGUAUGAACGCUUGUUGAAAUCUCGAGAUCCUCUAAUUAUAUCAUGUGGCUGGAGACGUUUUCAGACUGUCGUAAUAUAUUCAAUGCAAGACCACAAUAUGAGACAACGUUUCCUGAAAUAUACUCCUGAGCAUAUGUUUUGCCAAGCAGUUUUUUGGGGACCGAUUACUGUACAAAAUACGGGUUUCCUUGCGGUGCAAUCAUUUGAAGAUAUGAAAAACUUUAGAAUUGCUGCAACAGGUGUUGUUCUUAAUUUGGAUAAAUCCUUUCAAGUGGUGAAGAAACUUAAACUCAUUGGACAUCCUUAUCAGAUAUUUAAGAAGUCAGCUUUUAUUAAGGGCAUGUUCAACAGCAUUCUAGAAGUUGUAAAGUUUGAAGGUGGCAUCAUACGAACAGUCAGUGGUAUUCGUGGUAAAGUUAAAAAGGCAUUACGUGAGCCUAUAGGUGCUUUUAGGGCAGCAUUUGAAGAUAAAAUUCUUAUGAGUGACAUCGUUUUUCUUCGAGCUUGGGUAUCUGUCCCUGUACCUCAUUUUUAUACUCCGAUAACUGAUCAUUUAUUGCCGUCGGAUCAAAAAUGGGAAGGCAUGCGAACAGUUGGUCGUUUACGUUAUGAAAUGGGCUUAAAGCCACCUCAAAAGAACGAUUCCUUCUAUAAACCCGUUGAAAGGCGACCUUUUGAUCCUGCACCGUUACUUAUUCCGAAGACUCUACAGAAACAACUUCCAUAUCGAUUAAAGCCAAAAAUUGCAGAAGCAAUCAAAAGAAAAGAUGAUAAGCUCGUAAAGAAACAUAGCACUGUAAUAUUGGAGCCACAUGAAAGCAAAGUAAAUUUUUGUUCUUUUUCUUGCUUGUUUUAUGUGAAAAAGAUUCUAAAACCCAUGACUGAAAUGGCUGUAUUAGAACAACAGCGACAGCGGGGAAUUAUGAAAACAAAAAAGAAAGUGUGCCGCGCACUCUCGAAGCGAGAACAAAUGAGAUUACGAAAAGCAUUAGAUUCGGUGAAUGAAACUUAA